AUGUCCAAUAACACUGAAACUGUUUCUACAAAUGAUGAUAAAACUGAAAAUGAACCUAAUAAUAUAAAUACAUCAACACCUAUCCGUUUAUUUGGACAAUUUAAACAAAAUGGAUCAAGUUUCAGUAAUUUUCGUCAAUUAUCUUCAAAUGGAGAUAAUUCUCCAUCACCAUCAACAACAACGACGACCAGCUAUUUUGCAAACACCGUUUCAAAAAUAUCAUCAGCAAACAAUGGAGGAUUUGGUUCAUCAUCAACAUCCUUAGCUGCAUCACUUGCUCCACUUAGUUCGAAUAAACAACUAUUUGGUGCAACAAAUGAUGCAAAAUCAACUUUAUUGGCAGAAAAAGAGGAGAAAGAAGAAGAUGAUAAUGAUGAUGAUAAAGAAGAUGAUGAUAAUGAUGAAGAUGAAAAUAAUAAAACAACACCGUCAUUAUUUGAAACAGCUGCUGAAUAUGAAGCUAAACGAGCAUCAACACAUCCAGCAGCUAAUAUUCAAGGUGAUACAUCAACCGGUGAAGAACAUGAAGUAACAAAAUUUCAGAUGGCCGGAAAAUUAUAUAUGUAUAGUCCUGAACAACAACAAUUUGUUGAACGUGGCUAUGGUAUUUUGAAAAUAAAUGAAUGUCAUGAUCCAUCGGAUUGGAAUAAAUUACAAGCACGAUUGAUCAUGAGACUUGACAAAUCAUUUCGUGUUAUUCUCAAUUCACCAAUAUUUCCAAAAAUGACUAUUGAACGAGCAACAGAUCGAUCAGUACGAUUUGGUGCACAAGAUGAAUCUCAAUUACGAGUAUUCAUUAUCAAAUCUUCAACAAAUGAGUGUACUAAUUUAUGUAAAGAAUUAGAAUCACGUAUACAAAUAAUCGAACGACAACAAACUACACCGUCGUCAUCAUCAGCAUCAUCAUCAAAUGUCACUUCACCUAUUAAAACAAAUCUAAAUACUUCUGAUACCUCACCUACGGACAAUUUAUCCACUCGUAUUCGUAAACGAUCUCAUUCAAGAAGUGAUUCUGAUACAUCAGAUAAUACAAAUGAUGUAUCAAAAAAAUCUAAAAUAAUUGAACAAUAUCAAGAUGAUCAUAAAAAUACAAGCGACGAAGAUUCUAUAGAAAGUACUAAAGCAGGCGAACAAGAAACUGCUAUUUAA